AUGCUUAAUUGGGAAAUUACAUCUUUCGAUAAAUGUUUACCGAAGACUCUAUGUCCCAACCACAACCAGGAAUGGAGGGAAUGGAGUAAUGAAUUCAUGGGACUCUUGAGUUCAAUUGCAUCAACGCCCAACACUACCCAUCCGGACUUUAAGAAGAGAUUAAGGAAAACCAUACAGAUACGCAAAGAGAAGGAUAGCUCUGCUAUUGGCAGCAAUGAAGUGGAUUUGAAAACCGUUUUGGAAGAAUAUAAAAGUGAGGCUGAGAAGACAAGCGCUGAUACGGCGCACCCUGGACCGAGUUCACAAGAGAAGCCUGCCAACCGCACUACUCGCCAAGCAAGCAUUCAGAUUCCAAAAACACCAAUGAAUCAGGAAGAUGACGACGAGGAUGAAGAAGAAGGAUCUUCCGAGCCCCUCGCCGGCGGAAAAUACCAAUACCUUAACGGCGUUAAACCCGUCAAAGUAGAUUUGAAUCCUGAAGCAUCUGCUGCAAAAAAGCCUACGCGGCCAAAACCGGCAACGAGAGGUAAACGACGAAAAGCAGAUGAGGAAUCAGUGUCAGAUCCUCUUGCAGCAGAACUCCCAAGUCAGAUCCAACAAGAUCCAGAUCCCCGGGCACCAGAUGACACUGGUUUUCUUUCGGAUCUUGAUGGUGAUGAGAUGGAUUUGGGAGGAAGAAAAAGGAAGAAGCGGUUAUCGAGACUCCAACAACAAAGAGUCAGGGAGCCGCAUUGGCAGAUGGAGAUGGAUAACACUGCUGUUGAUAUCCCGGACCUAGACGAUGGUCUUGACACUCCAACCGAUGUCAUUAUGAACGACGGAGAGGACGUGGAAUUGGAAUUGGAGAAUUUACCUGAAAUACCGGAGAAUGCGACGGUCGCGGAGAAAAGGGAAAUGGAAGAGUUGAGAUUGAAGAUGGAGCAGCGGGUGUGGAGAAUCAAGGUACUAAGGAUCAAAGAAAGGGAGCGUGGUGGUAGCGAGAUGACUGAGCAAGAUGGAAAUAGUACGAGUGCGGAGAAUGAUGUGGCGAGCAACGGUAGAGUGUUAAGAAAACGAAGGGGGAAGUAG